UAACAACACAGAGGGGGAUCGACCAGCAGCUUCGAUUCUAAUUCUCUUUCAAAUGACACCUGAUCUAUGAACGCAUAAAGCUACUGCUCUCAACCGAUCGAUCUCACCAAUUAUCCAAGUUAGGGCGCCCAAUUCUUAAAUCUAAGAUGUUGACGAAAUUUGAGACGAAAAGUAAUAGAGUGAAAGGGCUGAGUUUCCACAGCAAGAGGCCAUGGAUCUUGGCUAGUCUUCACAGCGGUGUGAUCCAGCUAUGGGAUUACAGAAUGGGAACUCUCAUUGAUCGAUUUGACGAGCAUGAUGGCCCUGUUCGUGGUGUUCAUUUCCACAAAUCGCAACCUCUUUUCGUCUCCGGAGGAGACGAUUACAAGAUCAAAGUAUGGAACUAUAAAUUGCAUAGAUGUUUAUUUACACUUCUUGGGCAUCUGGAUUACAUCCGGACAGUUCAAUUCCACCAUGAGUACCCGUGGAUUGUUAGUGCCAGUGACGAUCAAACCAUCAGGAUAUGGAAUUGGCAGUCUCGUACUUGUAUAUCUGUUCUGACAGGACACAAUCAUUAUGUAAUGUGUGCUUUGUUCCAUCCGAAGGAGGACCUUGUUGUAUCAGCAUCAUUAGAUCAAACCGUACGUGUUUGGGAUAUUGGUGCCCUGAGGAAGAAAACAGUAUCUCCUGCUGAUGACAUUCUUCGCUUGGGUCAGAUGAAUACAGAUUUUUUCGGUGGGGUUGAUGCUGUUGUAAAGUAUGUUUUGGAGGGCCAUGAUCGAGGCGUGAAUUGGGCUUCAUUCCAUCCCACUCUCCCUCUUAUUGUCUCAGGAGCUGAUGAUCGCCAAGUGAAGAUCUGGCGUAUGAACGAUACAAAGGCUUGGGAAGUAGACACUCUAAGAGGUCACGUGAACAAUGUGUCAAGUGUUCUUUUCCAUGCCAGGCAGGACAUUAUUGUGUCAAAUUCUGAGGAUAAAAGUAUACGUGUCUGGGAUGCUACAAAGAGGACAGGCCUUCAAACGUUUCGCAGGGAGCAUGACAGGUUCUGGAUUCUUGGGUGUCAUCCUGAGAUGAACCUUCUGGCAGCUGGCCAUGAUAGUGGCAUGAUAGUUUUCAAGUUGGAGAGGGAACGCCCUGCUUUCUCUGUCAGUGGUGAUUCUCUUUACUAUGUCAAAGACCGUUUUCUGCGUUUUUAUGAGUAUUCAACUCAGAAAGAGACUCAAAUCAUACCAAUCCGUAGGCCUGGUUCAGUUAGCUUGAACCAGGGGCCUAGAACUCUUUCUUAUAGCCCUACAGAAAAUGCAGUUUUAAUAUGUUCAGAAGUAGAUGGGGGAUCAUAUGAACUCUAUGUUGUACCUAAAGAUAACUUUAGUAGAGGUGAUACAGUUCAAGAAGCAAAAAGAGGGGUUGGGGGAUCUGCAGUCUUUGUUGCCCGCAAUAGAUUUGCUGUUCUUGAGAAGGGCACCAAUCAAGUGUUGGUCAAGAACUUGAAAAAUGAGAUUGUAAAGAAGAGUGCCCUUCCGGUUGCUACUGAUGCAAUAUUCUAUGCUGGCACAGGUAACUUGCUAUGCAGGGCAGAGGACAGGGUAGUUAUCUUUGACCUUCAACAGCGAAUGGUUCUUGGGGACCUUCAAACCUCUUUUAUAAGGUAUGUUGUUUGGUCAAACGACAUGGAGAAUGUUGCUUUGCUCAGCAAGCAUUCUAUAAUCAUAGCUGAUAAGAAACUUGUCCAUCGCUGCACCCUUCAUGAGACGAUCCGUGUCAAGAGUGGAUCCUGGGAUGAUAAUGGUGUAUUCAUAUACACAACCCUAACACACAUCAAGUACUGCCUACCCAAUGGAGACAGUGGAAUCAUAAAGACUCUUGACGUUCCUUUGUACAUCACAAAGAUAUAUAGAAAUACAAUCUUUUGCCUUGAUCGGGAUGGGAAAAACCGUCCAAUAGUCAUUGAUUCCACUGAAUAUAUCUUUAAGCUGUCUUUGCUGAGAAAGAGAUAUGAUCAUGUUAUGAGCAUGAUAAGGAAUUCAGAGCUGUGUGGGCAAGCCAUGAUUGCAUAUCUCCAGCAAAAAGGUUUUCCUGAGGUUGCUCUCCAUUUUGUGAAGGAUGAGAGAACUCGUUUUAAUUUAGCACUUGAAAGUGGAAAUAUACAGAUAGCCGUUGCUUCUGCCAAAGAGAUUGAUGAGAAAGAUCACUGGUAUAGGUUGGGGGUGGAGGCCCUACGCCAGGGUAAUGCUGGAAUUGUAGAAUAUGCAUACCAGAGGACGAAGAACUUUGAGAGAUUAUCCUUCCUCUAUCUGAUUACAGGCAAUUUAGAUAAACUGUCCAAAAUGAUGAAAAUUGCAGAGGUUAAAAAUGAUGUUAUGGGUCAGUUCCAUAAUGCCCUGUACCUGGGUGAUGUCAAAGAGCGAAUUAAGAUUUUGGAGAAUGCUGGUCAUCUGCCACUAGCAUAUGCUACAGCCAAGACCCAUGGGUUGACUGAUCUCGCUGAAGGACUUGCUGCUAAACUUGAGGAUAAUGUUCCUUCUUUGCCCAGUGGUAGGUCUGCUUCUCUUUUGAUGCCCCCAACUCCUGUCUUGUGUGGUGGAGACUGGCCGUUACUGAGGGUCAUGAAAGGGAUCUUUGAGGGUGGUCUUGACAAUGUUGGAGCAGCUGCACAGGAAGAGUAUGAAGAUGCCGCAGAUGCUGAUUGGGGUGAGGAUUUGGAUAUUGUGGAUGUGGAGAACAUUCAAAAUGGAGAUAUCAGUAUGGUUCUGGAGGAUGAAGAAGCACAUGAAGAUAAUGAAGAAGGAGGUUGGGACCUUGAAGAUCUAGAACUUCCUCCUGAUGUUGAGACCCCCAAAACUACUACUGCUUCUCGCUCUUCGGUAUUUGUGGCACCAACUGCUGGUAUGCCUGUGAGCCAGAUUUGGGUUCAAAAAUCAUCUCUUGCUGCUGAACAUGCAGCAGCAGGCAACUUUGACACUGCGAUGCGCUUGCUGAGCCGGCAGCUGGGAAUAAAGAACUUUGCACCCUUAAAGUCAUCAUUUAUUGAUCUUCACAUAGGCAGUCAUACUUACUUGCGAGCUUUCUCAUCAGCUCCAGUGCUCUCCUUGGCUAUAGAAAGAGGUUGGAGUGAAUCAGCGAGCCCAAAUGUUCGGGCCCCUCCUGCACUUGUGUUUAAUUUUUCUCAAUUGGAAGAAAAGCUCAAGGCUGGUUACAGAGCUACAACUACGGGGAAAUUUACUGAAGCUUUGCGGCUUUUUCUGGGUAUUCUCCAUACCAUUCCCCUGGUAGUAGUUGAGUCGCGAAGAGAGGUGGAUGAAGUUAAAGAGUUGAUUAUCAUCGUAAAAGAAUAUGUUCUGGGUUUACAGAUGGAACUUAAAAGGAGAGAACUGAAGGAUGACCCUGUUCGUCAGCAGGAGUUGGCGGCUUACUUCACUCAUUGUAACCUUCAGCUGCCUCACUUGAGACUUGCCUUGAUGAAUGCUAUGACUGUGUGCUACAAGGCAGGCAAUCUCAUCACAGCAUCAAACUUUGCCAGGCGACUCUUGGAGACCAACCCAACUGCUGAAAACCAAAUCAAAACAUCCCGCUCGGUUAUGCAAGCUGCUGAGAGGAACAUGAAAGAUUCCUCACAGCUGAAUUACGACUUCAGAAAUCCAUUUGUUGUUUGUGGGGCAACUUAUGUUCCUAUUUACCGUGGACAGAAGGAUGUAUUGUGCCCAUACUGCAGUUCACAUUUUGUUCUUUCACAGGAAGGGCAGCUUUGUACUGUUUGUGAUCUUGCAGCAGUUGGAUCAGAUGCAUCUGGUUUACUCUGUUCUGCAGCACAAAUCAGAUGAUUUAACUUUUUUCAUGAUACUAUUGCCAGCAUCAGUUCUUUCUAUUAUCAGGAUCCGGGUCGGGGAUGAAGGGUAUCCCUUCCCCAUCCCCGGUUUAUAAAUUUGGCGGGUCAAACCGGGUUCAGGUAUCGGGUUUCUCGUCAGGUGUGGGGUGUUUUGCCAUUCCUACUUACCAGGGAAAGAUUCUCGGUUGUUGCCAUCUCACCCAGUAAGGUAAAUGACCCGGUAAGCGUUGGUAAACGACCCUUAACAUAGAUGAUAGGUCCUGUAGUUGUUAUAUGUUGCAGUCCCCUUAUGUGCAUGUAGAGGUUAUUGUGGUUUCCUUGGUGUGAUUAUAAUUAAUUGUUUUGGUUAGAAGCAUAUGGGCCCAAUAUGUUUGAAAACGAUAAUGUUUACUUGAAACAAAUAAGCAUCUUGCAAUUUGGAAACCGUUGAAUAGAUUUUAAACUUCAGAUCUAAUUACCGGGAUUGAAACAUCAAAGUUUCCUUCUUUUUUGUUGUUUUCUUACACGGCUAAUAUGAACCUUAAUUUUGGUUAUUUAACAAAUGAGUAACAUUUAUAACUAUUAACUUGACACUUGGUGGUUAAACAACCGUUGUACUUGCUAAAUACCCAAAAAAAGCACUCAAGUUGGCAAGAACUAACUGAACAAUUACUUAACAGAAGGUAUCAUUGGCGGAUUUUGUCUAGUGGCAUCAAGAGUGGAUGGAUGGACUGUAUCAACACACUUUUUAAAUGGAUAAAAAUACUCGAGUUGGAAAGAAAUAGCAAAAAUGGACGAUCGCUGAACAAGCACUAACAUCAUCAACAAAAUUUUCCUAUCUAGCAAAAAACAAUGUUGAAAUUUAUGUAUUAUCGGACUAUAGCACUAGAAAGAUAUGUGCUCGCACUUGACUUGUCUUCUUCCUUUUUCUUUCGGAUGUUUUUAGUCUUGUGCCUUAACGUGUAUUCUUAAAAAACUUUUGAAUCAUAUGAAGAGAAAAUGGGGAGUUCAUAAAUUUCUUGAAUAAAGAGACGCAUGAAGAACGUACAGGGAAAAUAAAUUUUAGCAAAAACACCCCAAACCGCCUUAAUUAUUCUUUUUUGUGCAUAGCAAAAUAUCAUUUGCUUUAUUUACAAGU